UUUCAUUGUUUAAUCAAUUUAUUAGUCAUUCAUUCAUUCAUACAAUCAAUUGAUUGAAUUGAUUAUCAUAUGAUAAGUGAGAGACAAUGUCUUCACUAUCUUCGACAUCAAUGACCACAUCAUUGUCGGCAAUGAAAUGUAUAAUCGUUUCAUUGAAGUCCAUCCGACCGCUGCCUAACUAUCGGUUUCCAAUACCAGCUCACGUGACAACUGUCCUUCAAUUGAAGCGAUGUUUGGCCGCCGAAAAUCCUAUUUUUGCCGAAGAUGUGGACCUGUUUAUUAGUGACGCCCAGUUGAGGGACAACUCGUUGAUUACCGAUGUUAUCCGUCCGUUGGAACAAAUUGACGUUCGGCCCAAACUGACCGCUAAACCGAUGGACUUCAAGCCGUUUAUCAAACGGGAAAUCAAACAAGAAAUUAAACGGGAAAUUAAAGAGGAAAUCAAACGUGAAUUUCCCGGUUAUGACUUCGGCAGUAGAAUUGGCGGCGGCGGCGAUCAACAGUUGAUUUUGAAUUCAAUGAUUGACCGUCAAAAUCUCGAUGUCUAUUGCAAUAACAACAAAGAUGUAGUCGUCACUAUAGUGGACAGCGAUGACGACAAUGACAGCGAUACGGACUUGACUGAUAGUCGCCGCCGCCGCCAAUCGGUUGGUUCUAACAGUACAUCCAAUCGUUCUGUUAGCAGCACUACUACGACCAGUACUGGCCGUUUGGUGACAACGAUAACGUCGACGAUCAGCAAUGAUAACGAUGACAACCAAUCAUUGCCAUCACUGCCGCCACUCACAUCAUCACUAAAUAGGAUAGAAUCACAACCAGUAGACAAUACUGCGGUACCAACACAAACACCAACACCAACACCAACACCAACACCAACACCAUCACCAACACCAUCACCGCCGCAGCAAACGAUUACAAGUCCAUCACAGCCUAUGAACAGUGAAGCACUUCAUAUUGAUGAACAAGAGCCAGAAAUGCCAUUAUUGGUGGCAAUGGAUUAUAACAUUAUGAAUGAUAGUAGUAGUAGUAAUGAGAUCGCAAGUUCCGAUUCGGGUAAUACUGAUUCAGGUGCGUCCGAUUCGGGUAUUACUGAUUCAGGUGCUUCCGAUACGGGUAUUACUGAUUCAGGUGCUUCCGAUACGGGUAUUACUGAUUCAGGUGCGUCCGAUUCGGGUAUUACUGAUUCAGGUGCGUCCGAUUCGGGUAUUACUGAUUCAGGUGCUUCCGAUACGGGUAUUACUGAUUCAGGUGCGUCCGAUUCGGGUAUUACUGAUUCAAGUGCGUCCGAUUCGGGUAUUACUGAUUCAAGUGCUUCCGAUUCGGGUAUUUCUGAUUCUGGUGCGUCCGAUUCAGGUAUUACUGAUUCAGGUGUGUCCGAUUCGGGUAUUAAUGAUACCGAAGUCAAUAAUACCGACUUAUCAUCGGAAAUGGCUAAUACAUUCUCUACUAAUAUUACCGAAACCCUUGAUCGUCGACAGUCAAUGUCAUCCAUCUAUUUGGGCGCACAAUUAUUAAUCAAUUUUUCUCAAAAUCUUGAUCGCCAAAAGUUUUUGACCGCCAAAACAGACGAUACAAAAGCAAUGUUGGCUAAUACUGGUGAAGACUACGACCAACAUAUAGACGAAGCAAACGAACUGCCAUUUAAAUGUGAUUACGAUUUUUGUAACCAACGAUUUGCAUCGUAUGUUAAGCUGAGAAACCACAAAAAGUAUAGCCAUUAUCAAUGUCAAUGGUGUCCACUAUUCUAUGCAAAUGAAGUCGACAUUGUCCGACACAUUGAGGAGAAACACGGUUUCCGUAAGCGCUAUAAGUGUACCGAUGAAGACUGUCCGCGCGUCUACAUGUGUGCGGCCACUCUUAGACGACACAGACGUAAUGAUCAUUUGGAGCCCAUUCCAUACCAAUGCGAAAUGUGUGGCAAAAAUUUUUAUCGCAGAUCUGAUCUAAUAACUCACCGAUCAAAAUAUUGUCGCAAUUAAUCAAUUGUUUGAUUUACGGUAAUAUCUAAAUUAUAUAC